UCGUGAUACUUGAUGUUCUCGCGUAAACUUUUUAAUUGCAUCAAAUUAAAGACUAAGACAGAACUCACACACGUUUCACAGAGGUUAUGUAAAACUACUGCAGUAUUAUCAGCUGUUUUCAUAGAGGCGCUAUUGCGACCUCAAACGUUUUAUUCAGGAUUAAAAUCGUUUGAAUUCCUUGCUUUAAGUCUGUUCUAAAGGAAAAUUGGGACAUUACAAUGUUGCUGCCUCCAGUGAUAUUAAACAAUGCAUGCAGGAGCAUCUCCACAUCUGCUGUUGCAAAUCAUAUAAUUAAACUAAGUCGAUUGAGAGUGGUGGAUAAUAGUGAAAUAGGAAAGCAAGCUAUGCUAGAAGGCAGACCGCCACGAUGCAUACAUGUCUACAACAAAAAAGGGAUUGGAUUAAUUGGAGAUAAAAUCUUAGUAGCCAUAAAAGGCGAAAUGAGAAAAGGAAUAUUGGUUGGACUAAAACAGAAACAACUUUCUAAAGUUCCCAAGUUUGACAGUAACAAUUUGGUCCUUAUAGAUAACAAUGGAACACCUUUAGGUACACGAAUCCAUGUACCUAUUCCACAUAUACUGAGAACAAAAUUGAAAGAGAAAACUCACACUAAGGGAGCAGAUUACACUAAAUUAUUAGCAAUUGCUCCUAGAUUUGUAUAAUAUAUCUUAUCUACUAUUAAAAUGUGGAUGUCAUGUAAUAAUGAA